AGCGUCCUCUCGCGCAGCGAAACACCCGAAACAGCAGUGACAGCACGAUAUAGUGCAGAGGGAGAUUUCGCCACGGAGAGCACGUCUGUGGAGUUCCAAGGUGGUGGGAAGUGAAACUGCUUUUCCCAAGCCAGGCUUGCUGACCAUGGCUGCGAAACUAAACCCGAAUAUGCUGUACGUCCGCGAUCCCCGAGAGUCCCUCUCAUCGCAGGACUCGGACCGGGUAACGCAGACAGAGGCUGGUGAGGAGUCAUCCGACAGUGACGGGGAACAGGAAGAAACGUCACACAAGCUUAUUAGGAAAGUGUCUACCUCUGGGCAAAUUCGUGCAAAGAGAAGCGUAAAGGAGGGACUCCUGCUCAAACAAACAAGCUCUUUCCAGAGAUGGAAGAAGAGAUACUUCAAACUGCGAGGACGGACUUUGUACUAUGCCAAAGACUCAAAGUCUCUGAUAUUUGAUGAGGUGGACCUCUCUGAUGCCAGUGUCGCAGAGACCAGCACUAAGAACAUCAACAACAGCUUCACGGUUAUCACUCCUUUCAGGAAGCUGAUGCUAUGUGCGGAGAGCAGAAAAGAAAUGGAGGACUGGAUCAGUGCUCUGAAGUCAGUGCAGAAAUGGGAAAGUUAUGAGUUCAACAUGGAGCACUUCUCUGGGAUGCACAACUGGUACGCCUGCUCCCACGCCCGCCCCACUUUCUGCAAUGUGUGCCGAGAGGCACUGUCGGGGGUCACCUCUCACGGCCUGUCUUGUGAAGUGUGCAAGUUCAAAGCUCAUAAGCGCUGUGCUGUGAGGUCCACCAACAACUGCAAGUGGACCACACUCGCAUCAAUCGGGAACGACAUCAUUGAGGAUGAGGAGGGGGUGUCCAUGCCGCACCAGUGGAUGGAGGGGAACCUGCCCGUCAGUGCCAAGUGCGUGGUGUGUGACCGUAACUGUGGCAGCGUGCGCCGGCUGCAGGACUGGCGCUGCCUGUGGUGCAAGGCCAUCGUACACAACAGCUGUAAGGAGCACAUGGGGAAACGCUGUCCACUGGGCCAGUUUAAGGUCUCCAUCAUCCCACCCCCUGCUCUCAACAGUAUCGACUCUGAUGGGUUCUGGAAGGCUGCUAAUCCCACAUGCUCCAGCCCGCUGCUGGUUCUGGUCAAUUCCAAGAGUGGGGACAACCAGGGAGUGAAGUUCCUGCGCAAGUUCAAGCAGCUGUUGAACCCAGCGCAGGUGUUCGACCUGAUGAACGGCGGCCCACAGCAGGGGCUGCGUCUCUUCCAGAAGUUCGCCACGUUCCGGAUCCUCGUGUGUGGCGGGGAUGGCAGUGUGGGCUGGGUGCUGUCAGAGCUGGACAAGCUGGGACUGCACAAGCAGUGCCAGCUGGGUGUUCUGCCCCUGGGCACCGGGAACGACCUAGCACGGGUGCUGGGAUGGGGAGGGCUCUGUGACGAUGACACCCAGCUCCUGCAGAUCCUGGAGAAGCUGGAGAGAGCCACCACCAAGAUGCUGGACAGGUGGAGUGUGAUGACAUAUGAAAUACCUACUAAACAUCCCCCUCCAGUGGUGAAAGAGGACGACAACGUGGACUCCCCUCUCCAGGUACAAAUGACCUUGUACGCUGACUCUGUGGCCUCCCACCUGACCAAGAUCCUGAACUCGGACAAGCACAGUGACGUCAUCUCCUCUGCUAAAUUUCUCUGUGGGACGGUGAAUGAUUUUGUGUCAGAGGUGGGGAAAGCGUAUGAGAGGGCAACGGAGAACAGGGAGGAGGCAGAAGCCAUGUCCAAGAAGUGCACCAUGCUGAAUGAGAAGCUGGACUCUCUGGUGAAGGUUCUUGGCGAGGAGGCCGACGCCCAGCUGGUGCCCGCCGGCACAGUGCCAGCACGCCAGGGGAGGGAGAGCAACAAGUCAGAGGCUCCAAGCAUCCCCCGGGCUUUUAAGUCCAAAGACCAGCUGAUGCUGAGGGCCAACAGCCUGAAGAAGGCUCUGCGUCAGAUCAUCGAGCAGGCCGAGAAAGUGUUGGACGAGCAGAACAGACACACUCAGGUGUACCCCAUGUCCUCUUCCUCAAUGAAGAGAGACAACGGUGAGGACCUGAAAGAGUCUGAAAUAAGGCGAGGGACCACGAGCUCCACUUCCUCCUCCAUCGUCCUUGAGAAGUCGGAAAGCCUCGGCUCCAUGCUGUUUUCUGAGGACUCCGUAUUGUGUACAGAAAAGUGUGUCAUGAACAACUACUUCGGGAUUGGUCUGGAUGCCAAGAUCUCCCUGGAGUUCAAUAACAAGAGAGACGAGCACCCAAAGAAAUGCAGCAGUCGCACCAAGAACAUGAUGUGGUAUGGAGUGCUGGGGACCAAGGAGCUGGUCCAGAAGACCUAUAAGAAUCUGGAGCAGCGGGUGCAGCUGGAGUGUGACGGCGUGCCCAUGUGUCUGCCCAGCCUCCAGGGGCUGGCAGUGCUGAACAUCCCCAGCUAUGCGGGGGGCAUCAACUUCUGGGGCGGAACCAAGGAGGACAACAACUUUGGAGCCCCCUCCUUCGAUGACAAGAAGUUAGAGGUGGUGGCGGUGUUCGGCAGCAUGCAGAUGGCAAUGUCUCGCGUCAUCAACCUGCAGCAUCACCGGAUUGCACAGUGCCGGCAGGUGAAAAUCACCAUCCUGGGGGAGGAGGGUGUACCUGUGCAGGUGGACGGGGAGGCCUGGAUCCAGCCACCAGGGAUCGUCCACAUCGUCCACAAGAACCGGGCGCAGAUGCUCACCAGAGACCGGGCCUUCGAGAGCACGCUGAAGUCCUGGGAGGACAAGCGAAAGUGCGACAGCUGCCGCUCCUCGCGGCCGCGCCUCAACUCCCAGCAGUCCAUGGAGUACCUGACGGACGAGGAGGGCGUCCUGCUGCAGCAGCUGGGACAGGUGGCCAACGCGGUCAUUGCCAGAAUCAGAGAGGCAGCGAAGACGCACAAGGUGAUGGAGCAGGAGCUGGCUCACGCCGUGAACGCCAGCGCUCUGAUCCUGAGUGAGGCCUUCCCCAGCAAGCCUUCCAGCCCGGAGUGUCUGAGUCGCACCACAGUGGUGGACAUUGUUAACAGCCUCAAGAUCCUGCAGCAGGAGACCAGAAUACUUUUGGAUGGAAAGCUACUGCAGCAGCUGGAAUCCCCCCAGGAGGAGGCGCUGCUGUCUGCCUUGAACAGCCUGAGCGUUGAGCUGCAGAGGCUGGGAGACGUCCACUGGAUCAGCCCCAUCCUGAACUGCCCCGAGGACGAGGAGGUUUCCAAGGGCAACAGCAAGAGCAGCAUGAAGCUGAAGAUCAUGACCAAAAGCAAGAGGGAGCGAGAGAAAUUGCAGAAGCAGAAAUCCAACAGUUCCCUAUCCUCUCUGCCGGGACCUUGGGAUUUCAAAGGUGGGCCAUGUGAAGCGAAUCCAGCAAGCCAUUAAGGAGCUGAGCGAAGAGACAUGAGGGUCAGACCGCCUGCUGUUCCACCCGAGUUCAGAGGCACGGAGGAGACGCCGUACCGACGGCCCGACCGCUUUCUCUCUUCGCCUGUUGUUUUUAUUUUCCCAGCCAGCAGAGAUGAGGCACAUGAUCAAAGCUAGCAGUUCUGAGCCGCACAGCCUCUGCACCAGGGACCUCUGUGGCUCAGUGACGUGAACAUGCCAUUUUCUUUCAACGCAUUCUUGUUUUGAUGGAACCCAGAAGAACACAACGUCAGUGUGUGAUUUUUUUUUUUCCAUGAGCAGUUUUGAACAAAGGUUUAAAGGUUACAAGACAGCUUCCCUCUUCUUCCUGUUGCCACAAGAUCAAUCAGUAAACAACAGCCACCUCCAUUUGUACAUAAGGGAAUGUGAGUAUCCAUGUCUAUACAAGCAUCUUGAGGAAUGUACUAGUGGUUAAUGUGAACCUGUCCUUUUUGUGAAACUGCCCUUUCACUAAACAGAUUGGGGCCAGCUGCUUACUGGUGCCUUUAUGAUGUGUGCUGCAUGGUUUCCCUACUCACUGGCAUCUGAGUGGCAAAGGGUGGAAAAACAUUUUUCUCUCAUUUCCCAGCAAGGUAGUGGUCCCAAAUCAAAUGUAUAUUCAGUAUCCCAAUAAAGCUCUGGUUGCCGUGUGUUUGUGCCAAGCAUUUACUGAGCACAGUGGACUAGGAUAAUAGAAAAAUGAAUGUCAUGCAUUUCAAAAUUUAUUUUACCUUGCACUUUGAAACACUUUAAACACAGAAAACUUGUUAUUUUACGUGCCAUGUUUUUCAUGGAAACAAACAUUGCAUUUAAUCUAAAGAGACAACAUCAAAUAUGCAGAUAAAUGAACUAACAUUUUAUUUUAAGCAUGAGGAAUCCUCUAUAGUUGUCAAGGAGAUGAACCUUACCGGGAGCAUUCACAAAGUGAACAUGUGUGUGACAGUAGUAAGCCCAGUGUGUGUUUUUCCCAGUGAAUUGCAAGUUGUCACCCUACAAUGAAGUACUACAACCAA